UCGGUCUUGACUUUAGGUUAUAUAUAUAAGAAAGUCGAAGGAGAUAAGAAUUUAGAUUUAUCUGUAAGAAAAGGCUAAGCUUUUAUUACAGAUCCAGCAAUGGAGAUUUAAAUUAUAACUUGCGGUGUAGUUGGAGUAAUUUAUUUAAGGUUUUGUUUGUUCAACGAAUCUUGGAAAGAGUGACGAAGAAGGGUUUGAAUAUUUGAAUUGUAGUUUGUCGUCUUCUUUCUUGAGAUUAAAGAGAAUAGUUUAUUAAUUGUUGAAGAAGAAGAAGGAAAAAAGAAGAAAGCAUUAUGGCGAACAGAUGGUGGGCAGGAAAUGUGGUGAUGAAUCCGAUGUCGUCGUCUCCGUCAGGCGGCGGCGGCGGCCCAUCUCUCCACCUGAGAAAUAACUCCGAGGAUGAAAAUGCUGCUUUGAACCAUAACCUAUCGAAUAGCAGCGGGAGUAACCCUAACCAGAACCCUGACGAUGGUGAUAAUUACGAGGAAGCUCACCAGAACCCAACCGGAGAUAUCGAGAUCUCCGGGCCGUCGGGCGGCGGCUCCGGCCGCCGCCCCAGGGGCCGGCCCGCCGGAUCGAAGAACAAGUCCAAGCCGCCCAUCGUCAUCACCAAGGACAGCCCCAACUCCCUCCGCAGCCACGUACUGGAAAUCAGCAGCGGCAGCGACAUCUCCGACAGCAUCGCCACCUUCGCCCAGCGCCGCCACGUCGGAGUUUCCGUCCUCAGCGGAAGUGGGGUCGUGAGCAACGUGACCCUCCGGCAGCCGGCUGCCCCAGGUGGGGUGCUCAACCUCCACGGAAGAUUCGAGAUACUAUCCUUAUCUGGGGGAUUCCUGCCUCCGCCGUCGCCAACGGGGGCUAGUGGGCUGACAGUGUAUUUGGCCGGAGGCCAGGGUCAGAUAGUCGGCGGAACGGUGGUCGGUGCACUGGUGGCAUCUGGUCCGGUGAUGGUCAUCGCCGCUACGUUUACCAACGCCGCUUACGAGAGGCUGCCUCUGGAAGAAGAUCCCGCGCCCGGAGAAGGAGUGCAGUCAAAGCCGCCGUUGACUUUAUCGUCAGGAGCAAACACUACUGAAACCGCCGAUGCAUCUGGCUCUCUCAGCCGUGGUGGUUUGGCAGAUAAUCAUCAUUCGCCGGCGGCGUUGUAUAAUAAUAAUAAUAUAGCUCCAAACUUGCUUCCACCCAUCAAUGGCGGUGGCCUAAUGGCGGCGCAUGAUGUGUUUUGGGCUCCACCGCCUCGUCUUCCUCCUCCGCCGUAUUAA